AUGACAACUGAUUUAGACAAUGAUCUUUAUAAGGAAGAUGCAGACUUCCAAUAUGAUUAGUUAGUUCAAUUCAGUCAAAGAGAUAAACUUCCAUUUCCUAAAUAAGAGGAUUUCAUAGGUAUUCAAUCAAAAUGAUUAUUAGAUUAUGAAAUUAGAGAUAUCUUACAUGCACCAACAAUAAAAAUAGUGUAAGAAGGAUUAUUCACUAGUUGGAGAAGAUAUAUAAGAUUGAAUAGACUAGCAUUUUAUAAACAUUGUAAUGAGAAUGACUAUAGUAGAAAGAGUAAAUAAUUAUAAUAAAUUUAGUUAAAUUGAUAUUGAAAAAUAAAUAAUUGGAACCAGAAAGACCAAAAAGAGAAGGAUUAUUAUAAUAAUGUUAUAAAGGGUAUUGUUUAAUUGAAGAUUUCAUGAAGAUUAAUUUUAAACAUAUAGAGACGAGGGAAUUUGUAGACUUUUUAAAUGUUAUGGGUGUUAUUAGACCAAAAGUAUAAUUAAUAAAUUAUCUAUAAAUUAUUCGCAAUACUUAUAUUAAAUUACCUAUUUUGAUUGAAAUGAGAUAAUUUUAGAGUAUUUAUACACAUCAAAAAUUUAAUGAAGAGAAUGCAGCUAAUUUAAUAUAACUUGCAUUUCGUAGAUAUAAAAAUCAUAUGACUGAAGUAUAAAAGUAAAUAAGAAUUAUGUCAAGUCUUAAUGCUGAAGAAUUAUUUAUUAUUAUUAAAGAUAAAAUUAGUAAUUCAGAUAAAUCACUUAAAGAAGUUUUUGAAAUAUUUGAUUAUAAUAAGGAUGGACAUAUUGAAUUUAAUGAAUUUAUUUAAGCAUUCAGAGAUUCUAAUAUCCCUAUUGCAGAAGAAGUUUUAUAAACUGUAUUUAAAUAUUUCGAUAUAAAUAAUAAUAAUUCAAUCUAAUAUAUGGAAUUCUUAAGUAAAAUUUAAGUUAGAACUGUAUCUAAUGAUUCUUUAUUAAGUGUUUAAUUUAAAGUAGAAUAAACUGUUGAAUAAUUAAGAUAAGUAAUGAGAAGAGAAUUUAAAGAUUUAUAAGAAAUGAUAAAUUCACUUUAAGCAUCAGAUAGAUUAAAAAUAAAAAAAAUUGAAUUUUUAGAUUUUGUAAUGACUUAUACUUUACGUUUUUCAAAAAUAUAACUUGAUAAUAUGUUUCAUUAUUUGGAUCAUAAUAAUAAGAAUUAUUUAACAAUUGAAGAUUUUUCAUAAAUAUUUACUCGUUAAUCGCUUCAUGAAGUUAGAGAAGAAAAGAAAGAAAAUAAAUAAUAAGAAUAAAGAGCGAUAUAAAAUAUGUAAUCUGAAAUUGAUAAUGCUAAAUUCUUAUAUCAUUAUAUAUAAGCUGAAGAUAUGUAAGGAUUUAUAUAAGAAAGAGAUAAUCAAUUAUUAGAUUUAUUGAAAACAAAUACACAAUAAGGUAAUGCUGGAAAAAGAGUUAGUUUUAGUAUGGCUGAUAUAGAAACAAGAGCAAAUAUAUAUAAGAAUUCUCUAUUAAAAUUAGAAAUACUCAUCUAAUAAAUUUCAAAUAAAGUUCUCUUAAAAUUAUAAUAAUCAGGAUUAACAGUUAAAUAAUUUUUUAGUUAAUUUACUUAGAAAUUUCCUGAAAAAUUCAUUGAACCUAAAGAAUUCCUAUUAAUGCUUAAUGUUCUAUUCAAUUAAGUUAUGGAUGUCUCUCUUUCAAAUGCUUUAUUUAGAAUAAUAAGUAAUUAAUAUACAGCACGUGUUAGUUUAGCUAAAUUUGAAGAAUUAAUAAUGAUUGGAUAACAAAUAAGUCCAAUUUAAUUAAGAAUGAAAUUCAAUUAUGGUUCAUAUGUUGCUAAAUUAAAACCUAAAUUAUUAGAAGAAUUUUAAAAGAUUGCCACUAUUAGUAUAGAUAUGAAAACAGUUACAUUAAAAUAAACUUUAUCUAUUUUAAAUUAAUUUGGUUUAAAAUUAGAAAUGUUUGAAAUCUAAAAAUUAGCUGAUUCAUCAAUUAUUAGUCUUAAAGAUAGAAUGUAUACAGUAGAUUAUGGAAGAUUACUUUAAUUAAUGUUUCCUGAUGUUUAUUUGGGAGAAUAAUUAGUUCUUAAGAAAUUUGGUAUGGUAAUCUUAAAAUUAUGGAGAAGAAUGAAAUAAUCUUAUUUUUUAAAGAAAGCAUCAGGUAAAUUUAAUAAGAAAUAGAAUAAGAGAUAACCUAAACCAUUAGGUACUAAAAGAUCACUUAAAGAGAAAAUGAGUGAAACAUUACCUGCAGUAUAAAAAUAAAAUGAAUAUUCUAAAAUAAAGAGUGGUGACUUAUAUUCAUAUGCUAAAACAAUUAUACUUGAAUGUGUUGAAGGUGCUGUAUAUUUUGCAGAAACAUAAAUAUUUACUUAAUAAAAAUAAUAAACAUUUUAAAAGAGACCUACAAUAAAAGAUUUAUUUAUUUUUCAUCCUUUUUAAUCUUUUGAAUUACCAAAUCUCUUAGGAACAUUAUCUUAUGAUUAUUUAACUUAAAGAUUAUAUAUGCCUGAUAAAUAGAGUAUACUUUAUACAUAAGAUAUUUGUGGUAAUAGAAUGUUAUAAAAUAUUAAUAUUGGAACUAAACUUCCAUUUAAUAAAUCUUUUAUUGUAGAUUGUCUAAUUUUUAAUUAAAAGAUGUUUAUAUUAAAGUCUAAUUGGUAAUUAUAAAUGUGGAGUAUGUCAUAAAAAAGUGAUAGACAUGAAUUAGCAAUUGAUUUAAGAGAGGGUGCUCCAAAUGCUUAAUAAAAUGCAUAACAUUUAUGUUAAUGUGAAGAUUUAUUAUUAGUAAUUUCAAGUCUAAGAACUCAUAUUCAUAUUAUAUCUUCUAUAUCAUUACAUAUAAUAAAAAUAGUUAAUUUUGUUUGUAUAUUGGAUUUUCAUUUUAAAUAUAUGAAUGAAGUUAUGAAUAAGGUAGCUACAAAAUUAAUUUAAGAAACUAAUAAUAAAUUUCCUAUUAAAUUAGAAAUGACUUUGACAGAAAUGGAAUAAUAAGAAUAAAAAAGAAGAGAAUCUCUUAAUUUUAUGGUAUAAUUUAAAGAUUCAAGAGUUUAAAAAGGUAAAUUAUUACAUUUCUUUACUAAUAAUUAAAGUUCAGAUAAAGAAAUUGUUAAAUAAUAUUUUGAUUAAAUUUGUGAUGAAGAAGGUUAUAUAAGUUAAUAAUAAUAUGAAGAAAUAUUAAAAGAUAAAUAAAAAAAUAAAUAUAAUAUAUAUGAUGCAUUAAAUAUAAUAAAAAUAUCUAAAGUUAAUUUAAGAUAAUUAUUUAGUACUUAUGAUGAUGGAAAGAAUAUUGUUACUUAAAAAUAAUUAUUUGAGAUGUUAGAAUCAUUCAAUAUGAAACCAUAAGUAAGACAUAAUUUUGUAUGUGCUUUUCCUAAUGGUAUUUCAUUUUAAGAAUUUAGUAAAUUAAUUGAAAGUCCUAUUACUUAUGAUGAAUUAUUAUAUAGAUGUGAAUCUAAUCGUAUUGAUUUAGUUAAAUUAUUUUAAUAAUGUGAUGUAUAUAAUGUAGGAUUGUUAGAUAGAAAUGAUUUCUAUUUUGUAUUAUCAUCAUUACCUUUUGGUUUAUUAGAUACAGAAAUUGAUUAAUUAUCAUCAUAAUAAGUUUAUGAUUCAGAAAGUGGUAGAAUUAAAUAUCGUGAAAAACCAUAAGCUAUGAAAUAAAGAGUUAAAUAAGUUUAAUUUAUAAAUGAUCUUAAUGUUGUUAUUGUAUCAGUAUAUUAUCCAAAAAGAGGAACUAUUUUUUGUUUAAAUGAUAAAAAUAUUUUAGCUUUAUUAGAACAUCAUAAAGAAGCACCUAUAUUAUAUUAUGUAAAUGAAUCUGGAUGUCUUUUAAGUGCUGAUGGUUUAGAAUUAUGUAUUUGGACUAUUUAUAGAGAUUUAACACUUAAAUAUGAUGUAAAUCCUCCAUGGACAAUUAAACCAUAAAUCAAUAUAAAAUUAAAUGCAUAAAUAUCUUAAAUUGGAUAUUUACCAUUUAAUUAAUUAAUAAUGGUUGCUACUACUGAAGGAAUUAAUUUCUAUGAUCCAGUUAGUUAUUAAUAAUAAUCAUCUAAAGUAUAAGUACGUGUUAAACCUGGAUAUUAUAAGGAAUUAGAAGAAUUUACUUCAAAUUAAUAAGUUCCUCUUGUAAAUUAAUUAGAAUUACAAAAAAUAGUAUCACUUAAUACAGGAUUACUUUAAACUCCUUUUGAAAGUGAAGAUGCUUCACUUGGUAGUACUUUAUUAAGUUUAGAAUUUAUGAUAAUAAUGACAGAAAUACCUAUGGGUUAAAAUUCAAAGAAUUUACUUAAUCCUGUUAAAAUAGUUUUAGUUCAUAGAUAAUCAUUAGAAAUACCAUCAACACAAUUAGAUGUAAGUGUUCCUCAAAAUAUUCUUAAUUAAAUUUAAAGUGAUUUAGAAAGAAUUUUAUAAUAAGCAUUAAUGGGAAAGAGAGCAAGAGGAGUUAUUGGUAUAGAGAAAGAAUUAAAUAAAGAAUAAUUAAAAAUUCAUACAAAAAGAUAAUUAAUAAAACUUAGUAAAUAAUUAACAUUAAAUAAAUAACCAUGUUAAUAAGAUAUUUUAAAUGAAAUUUCUCAUUCUUGUGGUGGAAUAUUAAGUUAUUCAUAUGUAUAUAAUUUAUUAAGAUCUUGUUAAUGUUUAAAUCCACAUAAUAUAUCAUUUGAGGAAUUUAAAUAUAUUGUAUAAUAUUCAGAAGAAUACAAACCUGUAAUUAAGAUAUAAAAUUAAAUUGAAUCUAAAUUAUAAAGUUUAGUAAGAGAAGGAAAAAUUGAUUUACCACUUGAAUUUGAAUUAUAAAAAGCAAUGAGAUUAAGUAAUGAUAAAAUUUUAAUGAAACAUUAAUUUAAAAAAUUACUUAUGAAAUUUAAAGCAUAUUCAAAUGAAAAAGAUUUAAAUGAUUUUGUUUAAAAUGAUUUUGUAAGUUUAAAAUCAUUAAUGGAAAAGUUUGAAAAUGAUAAAUUAAUCUAUAAAUUAAGAAUGAUAUCACGUCCUGAUUAAAUUAUAAAAGAAAUUUAAAAAUUAGGAAUACCUAGAUAAUUUUUAGCUAGAUUAGCAAUGGCUGAUGAAAAUGGUGAUGGUAUAUUAACUAAAAAAUAAUUUAUGAGUGCUGUUUCUGAAAAUUAAGCAUUAUUUUCUGAAUUUUUUGAUCUCUAUUCUGAAAAUCUUAAUGAUGAACCUAUAAUAAGAAUUAAAUAAAUUACAAGCAAAUUAUUAUCAAUUUCUGAAGGAUUAUAAAUAAAAAAAAUGCUUAAUACUUUAGCAAAAGUUAAAAAUACAUUAAUUUAUAGAUAAUUAGGUUUGACUCAUCUUUUUAGAGUUAAUGAAAUGCCAUAUCAUGAUUUUUGUGAUUGUGUAAUGGAUCUUAAAAUACCAGAUGUUACAGAAAAAGAUGUAAAAUUCUUAGCAGAUUGUUUAGCUGUUGAAUCAAAUAAAAUUAUACCAUUUUAAUCUUUUUAACAUUAUUUACAUAAAUUAAGUGCUAGUGAUUAAUUCUUAUUAGUUGCAGAUUAUGAAGAUUUAUUACAUACAGCAGAAGAAAUUUUAUAAAAUAAAGAAGUAUUAAGAUUAAAAAUACCAAAUUAAUAACUAUGUUAACCAUGGGAUUUAAGAGGUUUAUUAACUUUUUUAAAUUUUGAUAGUGUUGAUAGAUUUUUAAUUAAAGUAUUAGAAAUGAAUGAAUUCACAUAUGAUUAAUUAAUUGAUAAAUGUGUUAAUUUUGUUAAUAAAAUAAAUUUGUAAAAAAAAGAUGGUAAAUCUCAUUAAUAAGGAUUAUUAUAAUUAGUAACUGAAGAUUCAAAAAAUAAAUAUAUAUCUGUAAUUAAAUUAGGUUAAUUUAUAAAAUCUUAAUCAUAUGUAUAAAUAUAAAAAAUAUUUUAAUAAUGUAUUUAAUUAGAUAAUGAUAAAAAUGGAUUUAUAGAAUUGCCUAUAUUUUGUAAUGUUAUAGCAUAUAAUAUACAAGUUGAAUAAAGUUUAUUAAUUAAUUUUUAAUUAGAAUGGAAAACAUUAACUUAAGAAGAUAAUCUUAAUUAUAAUAGAUUCUUUAAAGAAUAUGUAGAAUUUGAAUAAAUUGCAAGUAAUUAAGAUAAAUAAAAUAAUUUAAAUCAAUUAUUUAUACGAUUUGCUUAUGCAGUUAAUAAAAGUGGAAUUAAUCUUGGAUUUGUAUUAAAGAGAUUCUAUAAUUAUGAUAAUUAAGACUUUUUAACUUAACCAUAAUUUCUUUAAUUAUUAGAAUAAAUUUAAUUAUAACUUACUUAAACUGAAAUUAAUGAUUUAACAUAAUUUUUAGGUGAAGAUAUUACACAUACUAAUCUACUCAAAUAUUAUACUAUUGCAAGUAAAAAUACAGCUAUUGUUUAUGAUCCUGUCAUUUGGGAAAUUGCUGGAUCUUAAAUUAGUAUUUCAACAAUAAACAAAUUAGGAAAAUGGUAAUAAUCUAAAGAUUUGAUGAAAUCUAUUGACUUUAAGAGAUUAUUUAAUUAAUAUGAACCAUCUGAAUAAUAAUAAAUAAUAAGAUUUGCUUGUGUUGGAUGUAGAACUACCUUAGAAGAAGCAUAAUAAUUGACAAAAGAGAUAAGAUUGAAUUAAGCAGAGUUAUCUUAAUAUUUUGUUAAUCCUAUUUUAUUUACUGAAUCUUUGCCAUAAAUUGUUAAAUCUAAAGUUAAAGAACAAGUAAGUAAAAAUAGAUUUAAUGGAACAGAAAAAGUACCAUAAGAACCAAUAGAUGAUUAAAUUUCAGUAUUAUCAAAGAAGAUUUAAUAAGCAUUGAAAAAUUUGAAUAGUACUGUUCUUAAAAUAUUAUUAAAUUAAAAUAUUAUAGUAAAUGCAAAUGGUUAAUUAAGUAGAAGUGAAUUUAAAAAAUUAUUAGAUUCCUUACCUUAUGUAUGGACAAUGAAAGAGAAACAUAAUUUAUAUUAAAAAUUUAGAGAACCAAUAAAUGUAAUGGAUUUUAUAGGUUUAUUUGAUAAUCAUGAUGAUAUAUCAUUUUAUAUUGAUAUCAUCAUUCAAAAAUUAUUUAUGGGAUUAUAUAGAUAAUAAUUAACUUUGUAUAACUUUUUCACUUAGAUUGGAAGAGUAGAAGUGAAAUAAUCAGAAUUAUUAGACUAAUUAUAAUAAUUCAUGUCUAGUUGGGAAGCAAAAGCAUUAUUUAAAUAAUUAUUUUAGAAUGAAACAUAAACAUUAACUAUUUCAUAAUUUUUAGAAGCAUUUAGACUAUAUGGAUUUAAUGAUUUAUAAUUACUAUUGAGAUCAGGAUUAUAAGUAUUAAAUGAUUCAACUAUUGAUGUUAUGUAUGAGAUAGAAUAAAGUGGAACUAAUUAAGAAUUAACAAUUUAAUAAAUCCAAUAAUUAUUCAAUAGAAUGAAUAUUCAUAUAUCUUUGUAAAGUCUUUUUUGUUUAUUGAAUAAUUAUUUAAUGGAUAAGACUAAAAAACAUCCAAUGUUUGAAUAAAAAAUGAUCAAAUACAAUAUUAAAGAAUUUCUUUAAUUUUUAUCUUAAUAAAAAAUAGCAAAAUCUUAAGUUAAAUAAUUUUAUGAAAAACUUUAAGAAUCACAUUUAUAAAUAUUUGAAUUUUUUGCAGUUUGUGAUUCACAUUAAGAUUAUGCUAUUACUGAAGAUGAAUUUAAAUAUGGGUUUAUAUAAUUGUAAUUAUAAAAAAUGGAUCAUAUUUGGUUAGAUUUUGAAAAAGUAGAUAUGAGAGUUCCAUUUUAAAAUUUUUUGAAAGCAUUUUUAUAAACAGGAUGUAUUUAAUGGUAAGAAUAAGAACAUUAAGAUGUAUUUAUACUAGCCAUUAAGAAAUUAGGAAAUUUAAAUGAAUCCUUUAUUAAAUUAGCUGAUGGAGAUUAAAUUACAUAUAAAAGUUUAAAGCGUUGUCAUUAAAAAUAUAAAUUAGAUAUUUCAAUAGAAGAAUUAUAAUUAUAUUAUAGUAAAUUGAAAUAAAAAUAUAAGAUUUUAACUUAUAAAGAAUUUGCUUAAGCUAUGUAAGGAGAAAGAUAAAUAGAAAUUAUUCAUUAAGCUUUUAGUAGUUUAGUAAAUGUGAAAGCUAGAGAAUUUCCAGAUACAAUGACUUUAGAUUAAUUGAAAUAAUUCUUAACAAAAAAAUAAAUCCCUUCUUAACAUAUCAGUGUUAUAGUAAAUUCAUUUGAAAAAUAGACUAUUACAAAUAAAGAAUUAGAAUAAAAAUAAUUAGAUUAUUCUAAUUUAUCUAAUUUAAAAGAAUAAUUAACAAGUGAAAAAUUAUUAUAAUUUUGUCAUGCCAUUAUUAAAUAAUUAAAAGGAUAACCUAAUUAAUUUAGCAAAAUAUAUACAUAACAUGGUUUAGGUUCAAUUAAUCAAAUUACUUAUUAAAAUUUAUAUACUUUUUUAAAUUAUUUAGAUGUAAAUACAACUUCUGAUAUACUCAAAUUAUUCUUUAAUACUGUUGAUACUGAAUAAAGAAAUAUUGUUAAAUCAACUGAAAUUGAAUCUUUAUUAAGAAGAUCAUAAACUUAAGCAAGAGUCAAAACUUUAGAUCAUACUAAAAAAGCAGAAGUCAAUGAAAUAUUAAGAAAAGGAAUUAAAAAUAUAGUUGCUACUAUUUAAAGUAAAAAGAUUAGAUACGAUAAAUAAUUAGAUAAAAUAGAAUUGGCUGAAUUUAUUAAUUAAUUUUGUAUUUUGAAUGAACCAUAGAUUGAUUUAUUAAUGGAAGCUAUUAGUGAUAGUUCUUAAGUCUAAAAACCAACAUGGGGAGAUUUUGCAUGUUAUAUGUUAGAAGAUAAUUAAUCAAAAGCUAAUGUAUUCUUUAAAGAAUGUUUAGAAUUAUUUUAAGAUAUGUUACGUAGAUUAAAUAUUAGAGUUAGUUGUGCAGUCAAAUACUUUGGAUAAAAAAGAAUCUUUAUUAGAGAAUUCAUUCAUAUGAUGUUAAGUCUUGGAUUUAAUCCUUUGAAACUUAAACUUAAUUAUAAGAAAAUUAAACUUAUAUUUGAAUAACAUGGUGGAGAUGAAAUGAGUGAUUUAGAAUUCUUAAUGUUAAUGAGUGAAUAAGAAGGACCAGGAACAUAAUUGAGUUAACCUGUAUUAGAAGUUUUAAUGAAUUUGUAUCGUUUUGCUAUCAAGAAUUAAUUGUCUAAAUAAUAAUUAUACAAUUUGAUGAAUCUUAAUAAAUCUGGAUGGAUAUAAAGUGAAGAAUUAGAAUAAGCAAUCCAUAUGAUUGAUCCUUAAAUUUAACUUACUUAAAUUAGAGCAUUGAGUUCUUACUUAACAUAAGAGGAUUAAUUAAUAAAAGUUGGAAAUUUAAUUAAAUUGAUAUAUAUAGGAGGGUCUUUAAAUGAUAAUUCAAUAGAAGUAAAUGCUUUUUUUACAAGAGUAUUUGAGCCAUCUUUAUUACAUGAUAUUGUAUAAUUAGAAUAAAUAGGUACAGGAUUUGAUGGUUUAGUUCCAUAAAUAACUAUAUCUUUAUAGGAUUUCUUCCAUUUAGUUCCUAAACAUAAAGAAUAAGAUAUAGCCCUAAUGAUUAAAUCAUUUGGAUUGAAAUAAGAUUAAUUAGAUUUAGAGAAAAUAUAUGAAUGUUUAAUAAAUAUCAAUGAAGAUUUAUAAGUAGGAUCUAAAUUGUAAGGUAAAGAAGGAAAAUAAGAAUAAAUUAUUGAAGAAAUGCCUCUUGAAUAAAGUGUUGUAUUAAAAUUUUAAGAGUAAAGAGUAUAAUAAAAUACAUUAAAAGGAUAAUAUGAAAUGGAAAUUAUUGAACAUAUAUGUGCCAUUUUGAAUUAAAAUUAAAUGUCACUUAUGAAAUCAGUAUUUUAAGAGAAAGGUUAUUUGAGUGCUUAAGAAUUUUAAUUAUUAUUGAAUAAUAUAGGUGUUUGUUUGAGUAUUGAUUAAGUAAGAGCAUUAAUAAAAUUAUUUGAUUUUAAAUCUGAUGGCAAUAUUUUACAUUAUACUGAAUUAUUAUCUGUAAUUGAACAAUAAGGCUAUUAGAUAAUUAAAGAUGAAGCAUAAUAGGUCAAUGUUUAUAAUAAAUUAUUGUAAAAGUUCUUUACUCUUGAAUUUGGAGAUUUGAAUUAUAAUGAUUAAAUGACAGUAAAUGAAUUUUAUAGAUUGAUAUCUUUAGAAGGAGAAAGACAUCCAUUUAAUGAUAAUGAAUUUUAGAGAUUGGCUAAUUUAUUUACAUAAUAAGGAAUGAUAUAAAAAAAUUUAAUUUUAAGAAUUCUGGGUACUUAAAAAUAAAAUUUUGUUGAUCAUGAUUUAAUUGAUAAAUAAUUAUUGAAAAAUAUAUUCUAUAGAUUUAAUGGAUUUGAAUUAGUUUUGAAUGGAAUUAAAAAAAUAAGAGAAUUAUUUAAUUAAAAUAUUGAAUCUAUCAAAUAAUAAGAUGAUAGUGGAUUAAUGUAAAUAUCCUUACAAAUUAAUGUUAAUAACAUAUAUUUAAAAAUCUAAUAAAUAAUGCAUUAUAUUUUAAAUGAUAUCCAAUUAAUUUAAGCUGGAGUGUUCAAUUUGUUAAAUCAAUAAUUUCAAGCUUAAUAUAUAUAACCACAUUUAACUAUUCGAUCUGAAAGAACAAAAAUGUCUCAGAUGUAAUUAUCAUUAACAAGUGUAUUCCUUACACCUAUUCCAGAAACUUAAUUUUUACCUAUUCAUAUUCCAUAAAUAGAAGGAAAACAAAUGUAUUAUAUGUUAGGCAGAAUAGCUGCGAAUAAUGCCCCUGUUAUUGUAAGUGUAUGGACAGUUCCCAUUUUAUAAACAGUAUGUUAUGAUGGAGUAAUGUUGAGAUAACAUAUAAUGGAAGUCUUAAGAUUUUAGUCUAUUCUAAAUUAAACAUCUAAACUCUAUGGAGUCUGUGAAAAAAAGAAUAAUAUGGGAACUGAAGUACAUGCAUUUGUAUAAUUUGAAGGUACCAACUUAAAUACUAUAUGUUAAUAAACAGGAGGAUUAUUAAAAAUUCCUCAAUUAGUUUUAAGUGGAUAAAUGAUCUAUGUAGCUAAAUUAUGGUUAGGUUAGAUCUUAUCUCUUAUGUGUGAUAUUUAAAAUUAUGGUUAUGCAUUUCCAUUAAUGAGAACUGAAAUAUUAUAUAUUUUUAAUGAUGAAGUUCAUUUAAGUGAAUUGACAGGUAUUUAAUCAGUCAAUAUUAAUAAAUUUCAAUCUGGAAUAGAUAUUAAACUUUUGGUUGAAAGUGUUCUAUAAUAAGAAUAUAAAGAUCUUGCAUUGGCUCCUGAAUUCUAUAGUAAAUCAAUUUAAGAAAUCACUAAUAUGGCUGAUACAUGGUCUUUUGGUGUCAUUAUAUUUGAAUUAUUGUUUGGACACAAACCAUAGAUUAUUAGCAAUUCUGGUUGUUAUUAAGGAGAUAAAUAUCUUUAAUUAACUGAACCUUCUGAUUAUGAAUAAGGAGAUUUAUUGUAAAAAGAAGUAUUUUAGAAUUUAAGAAAGGAAUUAGCUGAUAUUAUAGAUAUGAAAAAUUAAUCAAUUACCUAAUAAAUUCUAUUAUAAUUAGAUCAAAAAUCAUUAGGUGCAUAUAUAAAGCAUUUAUUUAAGAAUGUUCAUACUGAUGAAUCUAUGCUUAAUUAAAUUUCAGAAUUGAUUGAUUUAAUGUGUUCUUGUUUAUAAUAUGAACCACAUAAUAGACCUUAAUUAUAAUCAAUUUAAAAGUGUAAUAUCUUGAAUGUUGAUUUACAAAAUGCAAGGUAGAUUGCAAGACCAAUUAUUAAUUAUAAAAACCCUAGAAUUAUUUUUGAAAAUCAAAUUUAUUAACCUUCUAGAUAAAUUGCAUUAGCAAUAGUAAAGAAUAAGCCUGUUGAAAUUGAAUCAAUUGUAUAAAUAAUUAAAUUGUUCAAUUAAACAAUCUUAUUCAGCAUUAUGGAUGAAUAGAAACUUGAUUUAAUAAGCUAUCUAUUCCAUAGUAGAGUUUUAGACAUCUUAAAUUUCAUAGUUUUACAUCUUAAUUAUAAAUAUGAUUUACCUUAAUUAGUUCAAUAAUUUUCAUAAAUAUUUAUUGAACUUUAAUAACAUUUAUAAUCAUAGGAAUCUCCAGCUAGUUAACAUGUUGAAGCUAUUAUAACCACUUUAGUAAAAUUUACAUUAGGAGAACCAUAUAGAUUAAUAAGUGAUAAAAUGUUUAUGGCUCCAGAGACAGGUUUCUUUUCAACUAGAGAUGAUGAAUUAGAUCAUUAAUUUAAGGAUAAGAAUCACUUUUAUUCUUAUUGGACUCCAAGCAUUUAUAAAAUAGUUGCUCCAAUUUAUAAAGAUAUGAUAAGCGAAAGUGGAGUAGGUAGUGGUAAUAUGGUUGCUAUUAGAAAUUAUAUUCAAUUAUGCACUGAAAAAUAGGUAUCAGCAUUUGAUAUGAAUAAAUUUGCUGUCAAUGUGGCUCCUGUUAAGUAUAAUACAAUUGCUAGAUCAUCUGAAUAUUAUAGUGAAGUUAUGUCAGUUUCAGAUUCACAUCUUUAAAUUGCUAAUUAUUUAAAUGGAUCUUUUAGUAAAUCUUCUGUUAAGAUUGCACUUAAUUAUGUGUCUUCUCUAAUCAAAUCAAAUAAAAUUAGUAAAUUAUAGGUGUUAGUUGAUAGUAGAAUUACUAAUCUUUUGAUUUAAUUAGUUACUGAUCAAGAAUUUAGAACUAGUGUUCUAUAAAUGUUUGCACAUAUUACUAUUGCAUUCCGUAAUGAAGUUCCUACAAGUUUGAGAAUUGAACAUUCUAAUUAAGGUUUAGUCUAAUAAUAUUAAUAAAAUAAUGCUGUUCAUUUACUUAGAAAUCUUUCUAUUAUUAGUCAUAUUCUAACCAAUAAAAACAAAUUAUCUAAUGAAAGAUUUUUAUCAUUCCAACCAACUGAAUAAAACUAAUCUGAAUCAAAUAAAAUUCAAUAAUUAAAUUUAUAUGUUGCUGAAUAAAUCUUUGCAUUGCCUACAAUUUAUUAAGGUCUCUUUGUUGAUAUUAAGACUGAUCCUGAUUUAGUAUAUAAAAUAAUUUCAAAUUUAUUAUAAUGGCCAAAAGUUGGAAAAUAUGCAUUAGGUGGAUCUACUUAAUAAUUACUUGUUGAGAUGUUUAGACCUAUGGCUUUAUAAGCAGAACAUAAAAAAUCAAAUAAUCUUUAACUUAGUUUAAAACUUUAUGAUGAAAUUAUAACUAUGGCAUUACCUAAUACUAUUGAUUUAAUACAUUCUAGCAAAGUUAGAAUUAUGUUAUAAACACAUAAUUUGUUAGUUCCUGAAAAAUCAUCAUCUGAUAAAUUUGUUAAAAUGUCUAAAUCUCUUAGUAAUUAAUGGCAGGAAUAAAAAUCAGUUAUUACUUAAGAGAUUAGAGAUUAAGUAUCCAUCUUAAUGAAUGGAAGAAGUUUAACAAAAAAAUAAAUACCACCUAUAUUUGGAUAGAUUAAACAAGCACUUAAAUAAAUAUAAGCUUAUGUUGUAUAUACAAGUAAAGAUAAAUUAUUAAGUAAUCAAGAAGAGAGAAGAUUUAUAAGCAAUGCAUUUUAAAUGAUUAUGAGCAUCUUUAAUGAUUUAUUAACUUUUGGUCAAUUACAUUAAGAAUGUUGUGAUUUAUUAUAAUCUCUUGCAGAUUUUAUAAUGUACAUUACUCUCAUUUCACCACUAUUAAUUUUUGAUAUAGAAGACAUGUAAAGUACUAAAAAUUCUAUAAUAUGGUUAAGAGAUACUGUUGAUUUUAUUUAUGAAUUCCAUAUAGAAUGGGAUAGAGUAAAUGAAGAAAGACGAAUGAGAAUAGAAGAAAUUAAUAGAUUAAAAUAAGAAGAAUAAGAAAAAAACUAAAAAUUUGUUGAAUCUUUAUAAUAAAAAUAACAAAUUUAAGAGUCUAAAAUAAAUAAAAAUGUAACUUUUAAAUUACCAACUGAUAAAUCUGUGAUCUUAAAUUAAUAAUAGUAAUAAUCAUAAUCUUAAUCAUAAUUCUAAUCACAAUUAUAAUCUAUUAAACAUUCUUAAUAAGUUAGUAUUGCUAUUCAAAACUAAUCAUUAUAAUAGUCAUAAAUUACUGUCAAUAAUUAAUUAUCAUAAACAUAAAUAGUAAAAUCACAAAUCAAUUAAUCACAAAUAAAAAAUGUUAGUAAAAGAUUGCAAGAACCUCCUAAUUCAUAAUCUUAACUUUAAUUAGAAUAUGCAGUCAAAUUAGAAUUAAGACCUUAUUCUUCUAAUAAAUUGAUUUAAUGUGCACUUAAUUUAUUAAAAUGUUUAACUGCUAUUAUAGAUUCUAAUAUAAACUAAUAUUUGUAACUAUUAACAUUUUUAAAUAUUGGAACUUGGUAUACAAACCUAACUUUUAAAUAAUGGAUAAUUUUUGAGAGAGUUGUAGGCCCAUCUUUAGAAGAAACUCUUAUUAUAAAAAAUUAAGUAGAUGAAUCUAUGGUUAGAACUUCUUUAUUUGAGGCUAUCGGUAAAUGUUAGAGUCAUGGAUUGUAAGAGUAAUUAAUAAAUGCAGGAUUUAUUAAAGGGAUUUUCAGUUAUCUUCUAAAUAACACAAAAUCUUUUGAAGUUUAAAAAAUUGUCAAAACACAUUCAUAUGUUCCAUUUAUACAUUGGAUGCCCUAUCGACAUGAAGCAUUAAUUUAUUUUACUGCAAUCAUUUGGGAACGUAAAAAUUGUGUCAACUUUUAUAAUGAAAUGAUGAUUGAAGUACAUGCACGUAACACUCUCUAAGAGGAAAGUAAUCAUCUUACUACAAAGGUUGACAAUAAAAGUAAAGAAGCUAAUAGUACAAUAAUGUUCACUAGAGUAUAUAUGCUUUGCAUUUUGAUAUCAGCCAAUGAUAGUGGACUUUUAUUUUUGAUGGUAAAUUAUUUAUAAUAUUAAAGAAAUAACUUAAAAUAAGUUAAAAGCUAUUAUAACUGUUCCAAACAAAUGAAGAUUUUAGACAAUUAUUUUAAGGAAUUUAUUAAUAUUUAGUCUCAGAAGAAUUAGAGCUUUGA